AUGGUUCCGUUCAGUUUUCCUUUGUCCAAAUAUGCACUUUGGGACCCAGUCCCUAUGGGAGAUGUCAUUGGUUCACAUAUCAGCUAUUACAGAAACCCGAAAUUGUCUAUAAUGGAGAAGACUUUGCGCCUUGCCUAUCGUCAUGCUAAGCAGAAUGAAAAGCAGUCAUUUUCCUGUUUUUUGCUUGGAACUCUUUUGGUGGAUGAAGAUGGGGAAGGCAUAACAGUAGCAAUUGACCGUUUUGAUCCUGGUCGAGAAAUUGCUGGUGGAUCAGGCAAAAUUCCAACUGCUUCUCUUCCUGGAGACUUUUUGAUUCCAUGUACAAUUAAUUCAUGGGGACCGUCUUCAGAUGACACUGUAGUGCACAGUGCUGAAGAUAUCAGUUUGGCUUUUGAGAAACUGCAGCACAGCCUUUGCAGUAAAGACUCCCUGGAUCUUUCCAAACUGCUCACUGUUAGAGCUCACAUUGUUUUCACAGAAAACCUAGAUAAUCUGAAUUUUAAUUUUCAUUGGGCUUCUAUAACUGCAGCAAAUAUCUUGGAAUACACCCCUCUGAAGUCUGUCCCAAUUAUUCCUACAGCCCUUGCAAGAAACUUGAGCAGUCCUAUGAAUAUUGCACAGGUUCAAGGGACUCUUAAAUGUGGCUACCUUACCAUGGACCAGACACGAAAACUGCUGCUGCUGCUGGAGUCAGAUCCCAAGGCUUAUACUCUGCCGUUAGUUGGAGUUUGGAUGAGUGGAGUUACCCAUAUCUGUAGCCCUCAAAUCUGGGCCUGUUGCUUGCGGUAUUUAUUCAGCUCUUCAAUCCAGGAAAGGGUUUUUUCAGAAUCUGGGCGUUUUCUUGUUGUGCUUUAUUCGCUGACACACAAAGAACCAGAGUUUUAUGAGUGCGUUCCGUGCAGUGGACAGACUGAACUUGGGUUUCAGCUCUUAACUUGCAAAGAAACAAUCCACCUCUUCAAAAAUGUUGAACCUUCAGACAAGAGUCCAAUCCAGUUUGAGUUGAAUGCAGAGAAACAAAAUGCAGAAACUGAGUUCUUCAGUAGGAUCUGCAGGAAACUUCCCAUUAGAAGUCCUCCUCAAGGCUCUUCACCCAAUAAGUUGUCAGCAAGUGAUCAUGACUCUGGUGUAGAAGAUGAGGAUUUAUCCCCCAGACCAAUUCCAAGUCCUCACCCAGUGAAUCAACAGGUUACUAGGAUCUUUCCUUCAGUUCCUGAACUCUCCCUUGUUUUGGAUGGGAGCUUCAUAGAAUCAAGACAGUUGCCUAAAACUUUGGGCACUUCAAAUGCCAAAAGUCAAUCCUCAGUGUUACAUCAGCCUAUGAAAAAGAAAUGGCCUUUGGGAUCUACGCAUUACCCUGCUCAGUGCUCUGAUGACAAACCAAGUUUUGCUAAUAUAGGAGACUCCUCUUCAAGGCAACUACCAAGCCAUUUAAACCAGAAAAUUCCAACAUCAAGGGCUCCCAGGGGAAAACAAGCUCAACUACAGCAACAGUCUCACUGUAGGAAAGUUGGUCCUCAAACAAGGAAAAGUUCUGGAUCUUCUUCCUCUUCUCCUUCAACCCCCUGUAGUGGGCCUUCCCCAGAUGCAUCUGUGCACCAACCCAAGAGGCUAUCAGAAAGACUGGCAUUAAAUCCUGACGGAGCCACGCAGCAGGAAGAGCCUGCUGUUAGAAGAACUUCGGUGUCCAGCUCCAAGCAGCUUUCUUCUGCUCCCCAGCCAUUCCUGCACAGCUCUACUUUCACACCCCAGCCCUGCAGAAGGCCCUCGGAAGUGCAGGUGCCUGUUCAGGUGCCAUCCUGCUGCCCAGCCAGCACAUGCAACUGUCAGUUCCUUGGUCCUGUCCAGUAUAAUCCAACAAACUCAUGGCAACGAAUGGGGAAAAUGAGCUGCAAACAAGGAGCAGAAAUCCAACCGGAGAUGGCUCAAGAGAAUCCAUGUGCAGCGUUCCAUCAAAAUAUAAUUUGUCCAAAUAUUUGCUGCAAUACAGGAUAUGCUACAAGUAGCCCUAUAAACUUGGGAUAUCAUGGGAAAAUGGGGAACUGCACUCUUGAUAAUAGCUUAUCUCCUGGCGUAAGGCUGCCUUCAAGCGCGAGCCCCUGUAGCGUGCAGUGCUGUGCAGCGCAUUCACCGUGCACGCACAUGCCUGCUUCCAGAGCAGGAUCAGAUAAUGGGAUGAUGGGAUUAUCUCCAGAUGCUUACCGGGUUCUUACAGAACAAGAUAGACAACUAAAAUUGCUUCAAGCCCAGAUCCAACGCUUAUUGGAAGCUCAGGCUCAUCAGGCUUGUCCCUCUGAAAAAGCUGCGCCCAGUGAUGCUCCACAGCUGGAGAAGCAAGGGGAAUUGGUUGCUAUGGAAACGAGAAAAAGUGUGAGCAUUGCUGUGAGCACAGGUGCUAGCUUAUUUUGGAACACACCCUGUGAAAAACAAGAAGAGUCCAUCCCACAAGGGAAGAAAGACGAUGAAGAAAUUUCUAAGGAAGAUAUAAGUCUUUCAAUUAAUGCUGAACAAGAUGCAAGUAAUACUAGUAUUGCUUCUUCUUUAAAGGCUGUAGACAUACCCAGUUUUGUAGACAGUAUCCAUCUUGUUGAAGAAGGAGCUCAUCAGAAUACAUUCCAAAAUACAGAUGUCCCCCAAGCACUUGUCCGGAAUUCGUCGUUGGAAGAGAGCAUGAGCAUGUCUUUACAGAAAGAGCCAACAGAGGGAGUGAGCAACCACUUGGUGGUAACAAGUGAGCAAAGCCCAGAACCUGCUGUCUCCUUGGUGCCCCAGCAUCCAUCAGAGGAUCAGAAGCUUUACCAGGACUUACUGGGCCAAGUAAACCACCUCUUGAAGUCCUCUGAAGAACAAAAUCGUUUGCCUGUGAAAGCAGGGUGUGCUAAUGACGGUGGUCCUACGUAUCAGAAUAUUGAUGAUACAAGAGAAAAGGACUCGGAGCUUGACACAGAUGUGGUGGAUAAGGAGAGUGUGAUCAGUGCUACGCUCAAGCAAUUGCGGAAUCUUGGAGUGGCAAUUGAAUCACCUGGUGAAAUGAAGGAAAAUACACGCAAAGUGGAGAGUGCCAGUGUUUUAGCGUGCAUAAAUCCUGACGCGGUGGUUCCUGGACUAAACUAUAUGUCAUUUGCCAAUGUCAGCAUGUGUGGCUUAACUCCUAAUGUUGCGGAUCUGAGCAUGGAAGCCAACGCUAUAGCACUCAAGUACCUCAGUGAAAAUCAGCUCUCUCGACUUUCUCUCAGUCGCUCGGGCCGGAAUCCUCCUGCAGAUUUUUCUUUCCAAGAUGUCUUGCAUACGAAUGUGGACAAAAGCAUGGUGGGUCUGAGCUUAAUUUCACCAAACAAUAUGUCUUUUGCAACAAAGAAGUACAUGAGGCGCUAUGGACUGAUCCAGGGCAAUGACAGCAGUGAGGAUGAAGAGGAACUUCAGGUUCAAGGCCGCAGUACCAGCACUAUCAAAAGUGAAAACGCAUUGGACAGGAACAUUAACUGUGUGCUGGAAGGGUACAGCUGCUGGGCUGAGCUUUCCAAAAGAACGGGUGAAAAACUUCCCAUUCAUCUAAAAAGUCACAGCAGAGAGGCAGCUGAUGAAGCGUCUCCACCAGAACUAAGCAGCCCCGUAUUUAAAAAUACUACAAAUGAAAUUUUGCCUCCCAGAGCAGAAAAAUCAAAUGAAAACUCGAGUCACAUUUUAAAGGACUUAAAAUUGAAACACAAAUUGCUACCUGGGAAGGUCGAAUUCACUGAACAACCUGGCAGGAAAGAUGGAGAUAUCGAGGUCUUCCCUGGGAAAGUACAUGCACCAACCCUUGAACCAUUAAACCAUUCAGACAGCAUCAAUUCUGUUGGCACCAUUCUUGAUGUAAAGCAACUCAGACAAUUGCCAAAGUUGUUCUGACCAUCCCCUAAAACUUGUAACCACUCUUCCAAAUGUAAGAGGAA